AUGGCGCAAAUAGACGAGAAGGUCAAGAGCUUGAUCGAGAAGAGCUACCCACAGGCAAAAGACGCAAGUGAAGAUCCAGCUAAACUGUCUUCUGCCAUCUUCUCGUCAGUAGAGUACUCGUCUGCUGAGAAGGCCGAGAUCGAACAAUGGCUCAUCACUUCUUCCCACAUCGCUGAUUCGAGCCAAGACAGCGCGAAGACUGCCGAACGACUAUCUCACCUGAACACUCACCUCUCCUCCAAGACAACCCUCCUCGGCGCAAAGCCCAGCGUUGCAGAUGUUGCCCUCUACGCUCGCCUUGCGCCUGUUGUGAAGAGCUGGACACAUGAGCAGCGGACUGGAGAGCAGGGAUACCACCACAUCGUCCGAUAUCUCGACUUCGUCCAGAACGCACCACUCUUCGACCUCAAGCUCUCAGACAGCGACAAGGUCGACAUCGACCCAAGCAACGUAGCUGCGAAGAUCAAGCCAAUCGAUGCCAAGGCUGAGAAGGAGCGCAAGAAGAAGGAGAAGGCAGCGGCGGCGGCGGCGGCAGCGGGUGCAGACAAUGCGGCGGCAGCAGGAGGCACAGUCACAACAGCAGCCAGCGAAGAUGUGAAGAAGGCUGAGAACAACAAGCCGAAGAAGGAGAAGGCAAAGGACGCAGGUGAUGCAGUAGCAGCUGCAGUCGGCUCAGCAGUACCCACAGAAAAGAAGGAGAAGCCCAAGAAAGAGAAGCAACCCAAACCACCAAAGAACGCGCCAGCACCAGACAAGCCCUUCUCCCCAUCCCUCAUCGAUCUCCGAGUCGGCCACAUCCUGAAAGCAGAGAAGCACCCCAACGCCGACUCUCUUUACGUCUCAACCAUUGCCUGCGGCGACGAACCAGGAACCGACAACACAUCCGAGUACGAAGGCAAGGUCGUCAGAACCGUAUGCUCAGGCCUAGCAGGCCUCGUGCCCCUCGAGGAGAUGCAAGGCCGCAAGAUCGUGGCUGUCUGCAACCUCAAGCCCGUCACUAUGCGAGGCAUCAAGUCCGCAGCUAUGGUUCUGGCCGCAUCGCCACGUCUGGCGGAAGGAGAAGUCGACAACCAUGCCGGUCCUGUCGAGCUCGUGAACCCACCCGCGGAUGCUGAGGCUGGUGAGAGGGUGUACUUUGAAGGCUUUGAGGGUGAGCCGGAUGCGGUGCUGAACCCGAAGAAGAAGGUCUGGGAGGAUAAUCAGGUGGGAUUCACAACGACUGCGGACAAGGUUGUGGCGUUUGAGCCGACCAAGGUGGAGAAGUUGAAGGAUAGUGGGAAGACGGAGGUUGCACAGUUGAGGACGAAGCAAGGUACGUGCAGUGUCAAGACUUUGACUGGUGCUACCGUGCGGUAA